AAUUAAAAUAUAUAAAAUUAAAAACUAUAUUAUUAUAUGGCUUAAAGUAACCAAUAAUAAGAUUACGAAUAUUAUACACAAAUAAAGCUUUUAGGAGAAGGAGCAUUCGGCAAGGCCUUUCUUGUAUAGUGUAAAAGUGAUGGUAGCUAUUGUGUAAUAAAAAAAAUGGAAAUGAAAAAUAUGACAGAAGAGGAAAAGAAAGAAACAUUAAGAGAAGCAAGAAUAUUAGAAGCCUUAAAACACCCAAAUAUCGUUCGUUUUAGGGAAGUAUAUAAAACAAAAAAAGGACAAUUAUGUAUAGUAAUGGAUUAUUGUGAUGGAGGUGACUUAUCAAAUAAAAUAAAAGAAUACAAAGGUAAAUAUAUUCCAGAAAAUUAAAUAUUGGAUUGGUUUACGUAAAUAUGUUUGUCUUUGAAGCACAUACAUGAUCGAAAAAUUAUACAUAGAGAUUUAAAAACCUAAAAUAUUUUUCUUAUGAAAGAUAAUUUUCUCAAAAUAGGAGACUUUGGAAUUGCAAAAGUACUCAAUCAUACACGUGAUCAUUGCAAAACUAUGGUAGGAACACCCUAUUAUCUUUCUCCUGAAAUUAUAGAAUCUAAAUCUUAUUCAUUUAAAACUGAUAUAUGGUCUUUAGGUAUAAUAUUAUAUGAAUUAUGUGCUUAAAAACCUCCUUUUGAUGGAGGAAUUAAAAAAUAAAACUCUAGAUACAAUAUUGCUGAUAAAUAAUAAUCUUCAUAAGAUAGUUCUCUUUCAGAUUUAAUUGAUUUAAAAGAAAGCGAAGAAUAAAUUAAUUUGCCUUUAAAUAACGAUUUUUUGGAAAUGAUUGUUCAAGAAGUUUAAUCUUUAGAAAAUUCUUAAGAUUCUUCAUCUCAUAAUGAUUUAUUUAAAGAUAACAAAGAUGAAAACUAGAAUAAUAAUAAUAUAAAUAAUAAUAAUAAUAAUGCGAAAAAAGAUAAACAUAAAAAGGAGUUAGAUAAAUCAGUUGAUGAAAUAAACAAAAAAUACGAAAAUCUAUCAGAUAGAGAAGACGAUAAUUUAGAAAUUGAAGAAAACAAUAAAAUAAGUGAAAUUAAAUAAGAUAAUAAAUAAAACGAAUAUAUUAAGGAAAGUUAAAUCGAUUCUUUAAAAAUUAUCAUUGAAGAAUAAAUUGGUCAAUAAAAUUUAUAAGAAUGCAUUUCUUAACUUAAAGUCGUUUAAAAUUAAAUUGAAAAGGAUUCUAGUAAUAUAAAAAUGCUAUAAUCUUUAACAAAAAUAUUCAAUUGUUUAAAUGCAGAUAUUGCAGAAGAAUUAGGACCUUUGAUUAUCAUUUAUUGCAAUUAUUUAUAAGUUAUGUGA